UGGUCGCUGAUGGACUGCGUGUGGUAAAACAAUUAACCAACUACAGACGAAUGCUGCAACACUACGAAGCACGUAUCCAGCAAAUAGAAACGAGUGCCCUUUGCGUCAAGGGAGCGGUCAGUGAUUGCGAAAUGCAAGCUGUGCCCUACCUGCAUUGGAUCGCAUCUUGUCUUGGCCCUUGCUUGAGGACAAGACCAAUCCAGCAAUCCCUCAAUCCUGCGAAUGCCCUCCCCCUCUUCCCAAGUAGGAAAAAAGAACAGCCAGAGUUGGAGUGAGUUGAGUGUCAGCCAGCCCUGUGGGAUGCAUAUGGUGUGGUGUGCGGCUAUCAAAACCUACUCUUGCCCGAAGCGACGGGAAGGUUUGGGCGCUGAGCUAUCUCGGGACAACGUAUGCCAGGGCAGAAGAAGCAGAAGCAACCCGAGGAUCGACCGCGGCCAGGGACCGAUUCUGGGUGUGUUGGGCGCUGGAAGAAUGGGAAGUCGGGCCUGGAAGGGAGGGACAGGGCGUGCGUGGGGGAGAGAAAACGGAACGGAAGAGGAGAGAGGAAACUUGAGAGACAUGAAAAAGCAACCAAAGACAAACGCAUCAAUCAAUCAUCAGAUUCGAUAAAUUACAAGACAAGACAAGAGAUGAGACAAACCUAACUCCGAACGAGUUCAUCAAUCAUUCUCCGAAUCGUAAGCGGAUGGCUUUUGAUCCGAAUCGAAUAGACAAAAAGGAAUGAAUCAUCUGCGAUCAUCCAUGGAGGAGCGAAAGCAACGGAACUCCCACUCGCUCGCUACAGGCUACAACAGCACCAAUGAAGCAUCAAUACCUCGGGCUGAUGAGUGAUGAAUACGUUGAUUCGUGUCGCAAAGUAUCACAUCACAUCGUAUCCAAUUCGCAAGCGAUUGCUGCGCUGCGCUGACUCUGCCGUAAUCACCUACGAUUACAUUAUACGGUGCUUGUGACUCUAUUGAUGACUGUGACUUGUGUCCCAUUGCCGCCCGCGCAGCCCGUGAUUUGGUAACUUGACCCGCGGGAGGGAGGCUGUGAUCCAGGCGACGGCAGCGAAUCGCACACGGUGUAAUUGGUAUUGUGGUUGCUAUUCGUAGCUUUUCGCCUUUUGGCUUCUGACUUUCACCUUGGGCUUGGGGAUCUGGAGGAGGCGUUUUUUUCACCCCCGGAUUACGAAAAGCCACAGGGCAGAUGAGACCAAGCCGGCUUGCUUGGGGACAAGCAAAUCAGACAAACAAGUUUGAGGUGUCUUGGAUGAGAGCGGAUUGUCUUGGACGCUGAGUCUUGUCUUGUGUUAUUGUUGAUCUGGACGUAUCCGUAAAUGAGAUGCAAUGCUGUGAUCCGUAUGAAAAGGUCUUGCUUAUCUCACCGUCUGUUGGGGAUUUACUUAGGUUUGCACAGGUUUUAUUUUUACAAUAGCAAGUUACUUUCACGGACGGCACAGCUCUCAGCUCGUCCGUCACCGCAACACGAGUGUGCAUACAUACAGUCAGUCAAUGCUGGUAACCAUCCAUUACGAGGCUUAUCAAUUUAUGCUUUGCUGUUGUUCCUAUCAAUAGCAAACAACAAUACAACGCAGCGCAACGGUGAACAACAAACUUGAUUUCUGGAAGACUUCGGCUUCGUCUUUACGGCGCGAUCUCGGCACAUUCAACGAGUUGACCCGAGCGCGAUAAGCCAUUCUCUACUCUACUUUCCUCUGCUGGACUCUAUUCAAGGAGUCUUGGCGAAUUCUCUGAUUGAUAGAGAAUAAUAGAUCUGGAUACCGAGUUGGCUACCCGCUCGGCCACACGCCCCCCAUAUCUCGACACAACCGCCACAACCAGA